AUGCUGCUUGCAAAGGCAAGGACGCAAGAGACCAUUAUGAAACAGCGGGAGCUGGAAGCAGAGCUGGAAGAUCAAAAAAGAAUAGCCCGUGCUCAAGAAUCAAUGGGAGAGGUUGGGAGCACGGCUGUAAUGGAGACUUCAGCUUUGAUUUCCAUGAUGAACGAGGCAAUUUUUGUUAUGCAAGGCGUUGUGAAUAAGAGGAAUCAGGCAAUAGAAAGCGCAAAUCAUACAGCGGGAGAGUUAAGUCAAUUAGCAAAAGAAAACAAGACAUUAAGGCAAACCAUCAAGAAAAUGGAGAAAAAGGAUCUUGAGGCGAAACGAGUGGAUGCUACUAAUAUGGCCAAGAUUAGCGCACUACAGAGCAAAUGUAAUUCUCUCGAGGCUGCUCUCAACAAGUUGACUGAAGAACACAAGAACUUAGAAUCAAUCGUUCGGAGCUCGCAAAAUGACAGUGCUGCGAAACUAGCUGAGCAGAAGGCGAUGCUCGAAUUGGAAUUCGAGCAGAAGAUGACCAAACUACGUAACAGAUCCAUGCAAGCAACCUCUGAGAUGGUGGAAGAGAAUGCAACUCUCAACAGACGCAUACAAAUGCUGGAGAAGGAGAUCGAAAGACUGACGGACGAGAAUAAGAGCUUGAAGUCCAGAACAUACAACAAUGAUUUCGAUGAAAAAGAGAUUCUGGUUUUCUCACCCAGUAAAUCUGCUUCAGUUCAUGGGGUUCAGGAAGAUUUAAGGGUCUUCCCUGAUUCUACCUAA